AAGCGUUGAGCUGUAAAUGUCCAUUUCCGUAGUAUCAUAUGUUAAAGAAUAGCUUCAGCAAAUUAAUUGAAAAAUAUAACUUAUACCUUCUACAUAGGAUUAUAUGAUUGCGAAGAAGCUUGGUGAGUGUGAAACACAUGCCAGUGGUAACUUUGCAUCAGAAGUAUCCUGCAGCACCCAAAGUCUCAGCACGGUGCCUCCACCUCACUCAUUGAUACAUGAGAGGAACAAUGAGAAGAUCGUGACCAACAAAAACCAGCUGACUGGAGAGGUUCCUGUAAGGUGUCAGGAUAUUGCUGUCUUUUUCUCCGUGGAGGAGUGGAAAUAUUUAGAACGACACAGAGAUCUUUAUAAUAAUGUGAUGGUGGAAAAUCACCGAUCUGUCAGCUCGCUGGGCUAUCGUCUUGUUUUAGGAGAUGCCAAUGCUUUUUGA